GACGGGGACUAUGUUGUCUUCCAGCCUGCAAGACCGAAGCUCUGAACCUCCAGGGCCUCUGUCCUUCGCACUGAAGGGGGCUUAUGCUGCAAAACACAGUCAGCACCGGGGCUACCCCCAGAGCUCAUCCCAGAACGCCUCUCAUGACUCCUUUUCUGAUUCCCUAGCAGAUAUGCAGGAAGAAGCCAAGAAUUCCGACAUCCUGCCGGACCUCUCUGCCUUCCUCAGCCAGGAGGAGAUAAACAAGAGUUUGGACCUGGCCCGGGAAGCCAUUGCCCAGUCAGAGGCAGAGGACGUCGAAUCGGAACAGGAGAUCACUCACAUUUUGAACCCCUCUCCCCAGAGCCCCUCGGGAAGCAGCUCCUUUGGGGAGACCAGACGGAGCGAGGAGGCGGCUUCGAACCGGCCGGCUCUGGCCCGGCCGGAGUCUUCAGCGCCCGGGCUUGGUGUCGGCUCCAAGUCCGAGUUGAAGAGGCAGCCCGUCGUCUCCCCGCGGUUGAUGGCCAGCCCCAGCUACAUCCGCAGUCUCAGGAGCGCCGAGAGACGCGGGGCAAAUGUGCGGAGCCCGAGCGCCAAUUCCAAACCGACCGACCCGGGGGAGGUGGGCCCCCGGAGCAAGCUGUGCGACAAGGCGGCUAACUUCAUCGAGGAGCUCUCCUCCAUCUUUAGAGAAGCAGCCAAGCCAAGGAACAGGAGUCCCGAUGGAGAAUCCUCCUCCCCGGACAGUGGAUACCUGUCCCCUAAGAACCAGUCCUCCACCCCAAUGAGCGCUUUAGCCAGCCAGAGUCCCACCACAGACCACCGAGAGAUGAAGGUCGGGGCCCAGUCACCCGACGCCGUCCGCCUCGAUGCUUUCUGCGACGAAGGCCGGCCCCUCUUCCAGUCAGACGACGGCCCCUCUCACCAGCAGCCUGGCCCCUCGAGUUCCCUCCCCACGGCCCCUCGAUUUACCCAGAAACUGAGAAGCCAAGAAGUGGAGGAAGGAAGUAGGGUCCUCCUGGAGUGUCGAGUCACCGGCCACCCGAAACCUCGGAUCAGAUGGUUCUGUGAAGGAAAAGAGCUGCAGAACUCUCCCGAUAUCCAAAUCCAGUGCGAGAGUGGAGACCUCCAUACCUUAAUCAUAGCCGAAGCCUUCGAAGACGACACUGGGCGCUACACUUGUCUGGCAACAAACCCUAGCGGCUCAGAUACAACGUCUGCUGAGGUGUUCGUUGAAGGUGCUAGCUCUACUGAUUCUGAGAGUGAAAGUAUAGCUUUCAAACUGAACCCUGGAGCUAUGCCACAAGCCCAAAAGAAAACAACCUCAGUCUCCUUAACAAUAGGAUCGUCUUCCCCAAAGACUGGAGUGACCACAGCUGUGAUUCAACCCAUAUCGGUUCCGGUUCAACAGGUUCAGAGUCCCACGUCGUAUCUCUGCCGAUUAGAUGGCGCCAACCCGGCCUUCUCUCCACCCAUUUUUACUAAGGAACUGCAAAGCAUCACAGCAUCCGAGGGGCAGGUUGUUGUUCUGGAGUGCAGGGUCAGAGGAACGCCGCCAUUGCAGGUCAAGUGGUUUCGACAAGGCAGUGAGAUUCAAGACUCUCCUGACUUCCGAAUUCUGCAGAAAAAACCUCGAUCUACAGCUGAACCUGAGGAAAUCUGCACCCUGGUGAUUGCAGAAACCUUCCCCGAAGAUGCAGGAAGGUUCGCUUGCUCGGCGAGAAAUGAGUUCGGGUCAGUGACCAGCACUGCCCAGCUGGUGGUCAGCUCAGCCAGCACUGAAGACUGUGGACCCAACUUGUCGACAAGGGAAUCCAAAAGCGAUGAUUUCCAGCCCUUCCCUCCGCCCCCUCCGGCCCCGGAGAUCAGCCCCCUGGAGCCGGUCCCGAAGAAGCCUCUGGAGAAACAGCAGGCGAACCCGGCUGAGAUCAGGCCUGGCAUGGCUGCCCUCCAACUGCAGCUCAACUCCGCCGGCGGGGAGACCAAUGGCAUCCACCUGGGCCAUGGCAUCAAUGGAGUGAUGAACGGCAAAGCUCACGAGGACAGGCCUGCCCCAUCGCCUGCCGCUGUGCUUUCCCCCAUCAAGGAGCCUCCACCACUGCUUGCCAAACCCAAACUGGACCCUUUGAAAAUAAAGCAGUUGCAGAACCAAAUUAGACUGGAACAAGAGGGCAUCCAGUGGCACCAGCCGCCCUCCGGCGGCAUCCAACGGCCCCCUCCGCCCUCCUCCCCUCCUUUCCCGCCUCCCCCUUCUUUCCAGGAGCUCGAGGCUAGCCAUUCCAUCUCCUCCCCAGAGCAAAUGAGCGUUCUCAGCUCCCACUCUGCCCCCGCCAUGCAGUCUUCCAGCUCCUUCAACUAUGCCCGGCCCAAACAGUUCAUCGCCGCCCAGAACAUCAGCCCUGCCUCGGGCUACGUGACUCCUUCCUCCAGCUCCUCCACUUCCAGUCUGCCGUCUCCCAUGUCGCCCACUGCCCCCCAGAAGCAGUUUGGGCGGGUGCCCGUGCCCCCUUUCGCCCAGCCCUUUCCUUCUGAAGGGGAGUACCCGUGGUCUCCAUCUUCCCCUUCCCCGCCUCCGCCUCCCCCGCCGGCCUUCAGUCCAACCACGACCUUUCCCGCGUGUGACUCCUUCCCCCUCCCUCCCCCUCCUCCACCACCACUCCCAGUCUCAGCGCCCUCGCCUUCCUACGGCCCCUUGCCAGCAGCUCGAUUCGGGAACGGCAACCAGACGCCAGCAGCCUUCCUCAGCUCCAUGUUGCCCUCCCAGCCAGCCCCCGUCGCGGUGAACGCUUUAGGACUGCCGAAAGGGGUUACCCCCGCGGGAUUUCCCAAGAAAUCCGGGAGAACCGCGAGGAUAGCGUCCGAUGAAGAAAUUCAGGGCACGAAGGAUGCUGUGAUCCAAGACCUAGAAAGGAAACUGCGCUUCAAGGAGGAUCUCCUGAACAAUGGCCAGCCGAGGCUGACAUAUGAGGAGAGAAUGGCUCGUCGCCUGCUGGGUGCCGACAGUGCCGCGACCGUCUUCAGCGUCCAGGAACCGGAAGAGGAGCCUGCCGGCCAGGAAAUUGAGUCUCGCCCUGCUUCUCUAGGGAGCCCUCGAGAUGCUCAAAAGGAAUACAAGGUCUCCAGCUGCGAACAGAGACUCAUCAGCGAAAUUGAGUACAGGCUGGAGCGGUCCCCCCUGGACGAGUCGGAGGACGAUGGCCAGUGGGCGGCCGAGCCGGCCGGAGGUCCCGGCGGGGCCCCGUACCUGGAGACGAAGCUGAAACACUACAAGAUCUUCGAGGGAAUGCCGGUCACCUUCACGUGCAGGGUGGCUGGGAACCCGAAGCCCAAGAUCUACUGGUUCAAAGACGGGAAGCAGAUCUCCCCAAGGAACGAUCACUACAGUAUUCAGCGAGACCUCGACGGGAUCUGCUCUCUCCACACCGCAGCCGCCACCUUGGAUGACGACGGGAAUUACACUAUCAUGGCUGCCAGUCCGCAGGGUCGAGUCAGCUGUACCGGAAGGCUGAUGGUCCAGGCCGUCAACCAGAGGGGCCGCAGCCCCCGCUCUCCCUCGAGUCAACCCCACGUUAGAAGGCCUCGAUCUCGCUCAAGGGAUAGUGGAGAUGAAAACGAACCGAUCCAGGAACGGUUUUUCAGACCUCACUUCUUGCAGGCUCCUGGGGACCUUAUUGUCCAAGAAGGAAAACUCUGUAGGAUGGACUGCAAGGUGAGCGGCUUACCCACCCCGGAUCUGAGUUGGCAAUUGGAUGGGAAACCAAUCCGCCCUGAUGGCGCUCACAAGAUGCUGGUGCGUGAGAACGGCGUGCAUUCCCUCAUCAUAGAACCUGUCACCUCCAGGGACGCGGGCAUCUACACCUGUGUAGCCACUAACAGGGCUGGACAAAACUCCUUCAGCCUGGAGCUUGUGGUCGCCGCUAAGGAAGCGCACAAACCCCCCGUGUUUCUCGAGAAGCUGCAGAACACAGGCGUGGCGGACGGGUACCCAGUGCGGCUGGAAUGCCGCGUCUCCGGAGUGCCGCCACCUCAGAUAUUCUGGAAGAAAGAGAACGAGUCACUCACUCACAGCACGGACCGAGUGAGCAUGCAUCAGGAUAACUACGGCUACAUCUGCCUGCUCAUUCAAGGAGCCACGAAAGAUGACGCCGGAUGGUACACCGUGUCGGCGAAGAACGAAGCCGGGAUAGUGUCCUGCACCGCCAGGCUGGAUGUGUAUACCCAGUGGCAGCAGCAGCCGCAGACCACGAAGCCGAAAAAAGUGCGUCCCUCCGCCAGUCGCUAUGCGGCACUUUCCGACCAAGGACUGGACAUCAAAGCGGCGUUCCAGCCUGAGGCCAACCCGGCUCAUCUGACGUUGAAUUCGGGGUUGGUAGAGAGCGAUGACCUGUAAAAUCCAGUAUUUCUUUUCUAAGCGGAAACACUGAAAGCCAUUGCCUUGACCAACACUAUUCCUAUGUCACUUUACGUAAAAGGCUGAUACACGCCACCAACUACAGGAGAUAAAGGACACCUUAACCGUAUUGUACCAAAUUAAUUAAGAGUAGAGGUAUCUGGUAUAAGUAUUAACAGAAAUGUACACAAGGCACAGAAAGAUCACAAUCACCGUCCGGUUUUAUACUUAGGCUAGAACUGUUCUGGGGAACGUAGAAAUGCCAAAAUGUUAACAGAAACCCGUUUGUCAAAAAUCAGCACAGCUCAUCUGCGUCACCAAGUGCCUUUAGACCAGAGCUGUAGGUGCUACCCGGCAUCAAUGGGAAAUGUUUAAUCUGAGGCAGUUGGACUUCAAAGAAAACUAGAAGUACGGGACUCCAAAACAUCAAAGCGUCCCAACAGCUACAGCGAACAAGUGCAAUAUGUAAGAAUAAUAAGCGAGGAGAAAGGACAAAGAAUCCCAAGCAAUUGCCUUGUCUCUGCAGAUUGUUUAAUAUUAUAUCCCGAGGAAAGGACUCCUUGCCUUAAAUGCUAUCUGUGUCGAUAGUUUUCAAGUAUGGUUGAUGCCGUCCCUGAUUUUUUUUUUUUUUCUUUUUAUAUAUUUUCCUCUCUUGGCCCCUGGCAGGAGCUCAUUUACAAAUAAUACUGAAAGGCUAAUUUAAGUAUAAAUAAUUUAACAUUCUGAGUAAGAGCUGAGGUGUAAUACGAUCCGUUCCGAAAAAGGAAUCCCGACGCCCAAGGAAGCAAGGCACGUUGUAAGUGGAGGAAGUGGGGGGAAAGGACGUGGGUCAGAGCCAGACCUCUCUUUGGGUUUCUUCCACAGGAAUCCCAAAUUUCAUUGAAGAAACACUGCCGUUCCCGAGUCUAGAUUUCCGAGGUCAGUUGGAAGUGCAGGUAGCAGGGGACUAGCGGCGAAGUUGGAGCCCGUGGGAUGAAUGAGUGGUUGGGGCGUGAAGGAGCACAGAGCAAGUGGAAUACGGAUUGAGGCUGCAGAACCUGGAAGUGACAAGUCAACAGCUGUAGGUCUAGCGUAGAUACUGAAGGGAAGCGGAGGCCAGAGAGUAGCGCCGCCGACUUAUGCCAAGAUGGUUCUGAGGGCUUUUACCCUGGCAUAAGGAAUCGGUGGAUGGUAAAAAAAUUUUUGUCCCUCCCCUGCUGCCCCAGCCUUGGAGGAGAAAUGGCCCUGAGCACGGAGGGUGAAGACAAUUAAGAACAAAGGCUGCUUUCUGAAUGAGAGGAGAUUCCACUUCCAACUGGAUUGGGUCCAGUCAACCCGCUGGGGUAGUUUGGACUCAGAACCGAUGGGUUUUAAUGAGGAGAAAGGAUUGGGCCUGGCCUAAGAGAACACAAUGGUACGAAAGUACUUUUGCUAUGAAAGGAAAACACUGUAUUCCUUAUAUGAAGCACAUGUAUCUUUCAUUAUUUAUAAUAAAAGUGUUGAAAUCUCAGCUCAGUUAUUCAAGUCAGUACUUAGUUUUUGAAAAAAAGAAUUUUGUAAUUGUGUACCACCACCCCCCCCAUAUAUUUUGCAUUACUGCUAGCUAUUGUAUUGCUUUAUACCUCUUUGUAAGGACACCAACCAGGUUUUAAGUGAUCAAUAAACUUUAGCACAUAAGGUAGCUGUUGUUCUAUGCAGAGGGGUACUGGUCUCUCCGACCACACUCCCAAAAAUCGCUCCGGCAAACUGAAGAGGCAGUACACAAUCUGUCAUAGAACGGUCCUACCUGUAUUUUAGAAAAGUGUAUUUUAUAUCACGUAUUGAAUUUUUCUGAAUGUGAUUUUGCUAACUUACUGGUUUUUAGCUUCACUAGCAUUAUUUUGCCACCCUUUAUAUUUAUAAAGAAACGAUGUACUAUCAUAUAUUACUUUGGACUGUUGUGUUGAUAUGUGGAUU